AUGUCCAAAACAAAGGCUAUCGUCCCUCCUUCCACUUCUAAAAAGAAGUCAUCCUCUUCGGAAAGCGUAAAAAAGAAGAAGGAUACCAUUCCUACUCCGUGCCUUGUUCAAUUUACAAAUUCUCUUUCUGCACCUCCUAAUUUGCAAAAUAUUCAUUUUUCUUUGGUCAAAAAAGAUGACGAUCCAACACCUUUUCUUUUCGGAGAAUCAAAAUCCAUGCAAUAUACAUCAUCAUCAUCAUCGACCAAUUCAUCAUCAAACAAAUAUUUAUUGGCUGUUGUGAAAUCGUCAAAUCAAAAACCAUCAUCAAUUAUUGAAAUUCCAGAAUGCUUCAUUGUCAAGGAAGAGUCAAAACAAAACCUUCAAAGAAAAGAUAUUCUGAAGAGAGAAUUGGAACAAGGAGGAGCAGACGCCCUUCAACCCGAUAUGACCUAUCAACAUUUCUUUGAGAAGAGAGUUAUAGGAGGAAGUGAAGUUGCCGACUCAUUAUUCAAUUCAAAACGUUAUGCUCGAUUGAUGCAAAAGAGAGCCACUUCUACUACCACGUCUUUGAAAGCAGACCAAAUGGAAAAUUUAAAGAUUCUUGUGGGAAGAAAUAAUCGCUCUUCUUCAAUGGCAACCAUGAGACAAUACAUUCCAACAUUGAAUAUUGAGGCAGAAACAGUGAAUGACUUAUUUGACCUUAAAACGGAUUUAUUGUUCGAUGACAAACACUUGAUUGAUCAUUUCAAAGGUAAACAUUGCAGAAACAAGUCACUUCAAAGAGUGUGGAAAGUCCUCGAAGGUGCCACCAUGGAUAAUGGUGCAUUAACUGAAGAGGCCAACACAAGUAUUACCUCAAUGACCGAGUUCAAGAAUCUUCCAUCAUUUUUGCAAGAAUAUUUUGGAAUCAUUAUUCAACAAGGAAAUUGGAAUGCCAUUGCCAAAAAGAAGAGAAGAAGGAAAAAGAAGUCUGAUGACGAAGACGAAGAAGAAGGAGAAAAAUCUAGCACUGCUGCUGCGGAAAAAGACGAUCCUUUCCUUCCAGCAGAUGAAUUGACAGAAGAGCAAUUUUCAUCAUUCCUGCAAGCGAUUGCAUCUGACAUUCCCUCACUGGCUCAAUACUACAUGAUCAUGUUGGGCAUUUUCCAAAUUGCUCAAGCUCGUAAUGUGAAAGACCAUGUUGCAGCCAUCUUGUCAACCUGCUACGUUCAAGGUACUUUGGACAAGAAAGCUGUACAAAAAAUUGGAAAGAAAGAACAAUCUUCUCGCUCCUCUGUCAAGUUCACAAGCAUGGCAGACAUUUUUCCAAAUCCUCCAAUUGAGAGCAUGAAAACUCAUCCCUAUCUCUACCUUCCAAAAUCAUCACAAACUCUUCAGGACUUACUGCUGCGAUUGUGUGUUCCAGAAUUUACAAAGUCCUCUCCAAGACAUUUCCAACAUUUGGUGUUCAAUCAAUCGGUUGGAAAAACUCUCCUCAUUCGCACAGCAAAUCAUUUACUGGUGGCCGUUCUUCUCAUGUGUAAUUUCUAUGUGAAAAAGGAAUUUAUUGUUGCCUUGCAAAAAGACACCAGACUGACUGUUGAGAAAUUACUCGUUUGUUUCAAUGCUAUGGGAGUUAUUCCAGACUCUAAUCAAGCAUUUGUUCACAGAACGAUCAGAAAUUUGGUUCGUGCUGCAAGUGGAGCCGAUUUUGCAAGUGGUCCCAAAACAAAACUAAGUCUCAUUUCAACAGAGGGUCACGGAGCUCAUCCUGCACAUGUGAAUUUUUAUCUAAGCUUACCAAAAAUCAAGCAAUUAUAUGGCGGUAAAGUUGCAGCUGAAGCAGCCUCAGGAUCAGCAUCAACAACCUCCACAAAGAAGAGAGAACCCACAAAGAAGAAGGAAAGUGAGGAUGAUUUAUUGGUUGACGAGGAAAGACCAUCCAAGAAGAAGGUCAACCUUGAUGAUGACGACGAUGAAGUGAUGAAAACAAAAGAACCUACCAAAAAAUCCACAUCUUCAAACAAAGCAGCCGAAAAGACAAGUACUUCCAAGACCACUAAACCUUCGAAGGAAUCUACAUCAUCCACAACCAAGAAACAGAGCGCUUCUGUGGUGGAACCCACCAAACCAACCAAGUCCAGCAAACAAAAAGAGGAAGAUGAAAACAUUGACGACAUGUCUGACGAAGAUGACGAAGAUAUUGAAAAUGACCUCGAGGGAUUGCUAACGGCAUUCCAAGCUCAAGAAGAUGAAGAUUUCGAAGAGGAUGAGACUGAGGAUCGAGCUGACCAAGAGGAUGAAGAUGCAGAAAUGGCUGAACUUGUGGACGAAGAGGAAGCAGAACGAGAACGACCUGAGGUAUCUGAUAACGAGGAGGAACUUGUUGAGAAUACGCUCGACGAGGAUGAGGAAGGUCAAGAUGCAAUUGGCGCCUUACUUGAUACCUUGGGUAAUGAGGACGAUCUUAUGGAUGAAGUAGACGAAAACGAUGAAGAGGACGAUGACGAAGUAGGAGUAAAGGAAGCUCUUAGUGGAAAGAAAAAGAGAAAGACAAUGAAUGAUGCUGACGAAGAUGAAGAGGCUGGUAUUGUGAAAUCCAACAAGAAGACCAAACACGAUUUUGAGCAGGAUAUUGAAGAAGGAGAGGACGAAGAGAGCGAGGAAGACGAAGAAUAA